ACACUGCCUUCCCAUGUAACAGGCAAAAAGGCGUGCAGUCGACGUAUAUGCGCAGUUUGGUACCAGAUGAAGCGGACUGGACCGACUAUAAAAAGAGGUUGAGAACAGCACGGUGGAAAUGUACUAAAACGGAUAUGGGCAUCGACUAUUGCUCCCGGGCAAUGAUGGGUUGCUACCGGUUUCGCUAUGGCAACGCAUUCGAACAUCGCUUCGUCAGCCACUUGCCAUCCGGGUGCAUCUCGAAUAUCGAUCAAAAAAAACUUGAGAAAUUCCCAUACCUGGCGCUAUGCACCAAGCUCAAGAAGGACGGAUUUGCGCGAAAGUGUUUUGAUACCGGUGAGCGCAAUAAGCAAUCCCGUGCACCGCUUAUCCUGUGCUGCUGUAAUUUGAAUGAAUACGAUGACUGUCCAAUCCAAGCUACCGUGCCGGAAAUUGGAUAUUUCCUCAAUAUUACGCAUUGAUA